AUGAGCUGCCUGGAAGACAUACCUUUCCGAAUGACCAUAAGCUUUGUAGGCAAUUCCGUGGGAGAAGAGGACUUUGUGUCUGCGCCUGAAUUUGAGAUGCCCAAUUGUGCAGAGAUCCUGAUGUGUGCAAUGCACGAUUUUUCACUAGAGAAGAAGGUACUCUACUGGAUAGAGUCCGCCUCUCAGCAAGAGAUUCCCUGGCACAACAUGGCCACUGACGUUGUCCCAACUGCUCCCCCCUGCUGGCUCCUGUUGGUGGACUUUAAAGAAAACGUGGCUCAUGACAGCAAAGCCAAGGACAUGACCCCCGUCCGGAGAUGCGUGAGCCUGGGCACCGUCGCUGAGAAAGGUAGGCUGAUGGAAGAGGUGAACGGGGACCAGUACCCAGAGGAGCAGGAAUGCUCUGAAGGUGAGGAGCCUUCCCCAAAUGCCACGGCAGAAAGUGAUGGAGAAGAGCCAUUCUUAGCUGACACCAAACACACCCCCAGCAGUUUGCCUCGGUUUCUGAGUCUUCCCCAGUGUCGACCAAAGACUUCGCCAGGACUGUCGGCGACCCCGUUGGAGAGCAGCUGCCCCACGCCACCCCUGCUCAAACAGAGGCGAUCCAUGCUUUUAUUUAACAAUAUGAAAAAUGAGCUGGAAGGUGCCAAGAAGAAGUUCUCAGCUUUCAUGCACCCUCUGAACCAUGCUUCGACGGAACCCACCUUGGCAUCCAGAGCUUUCUCCCUCCACCAGCGAUCCAGGAGCAGCAAGAACCUGCGGUACGGAUCUGCCUCUGAUGUCACCCUGGUGGGGACUUUAACCCCCACGCCACCCCCGACCCCUGGCUGCAGCCCACGGCCGCUUACUGCUGCAGGGUUUGUCCCCCCAAUCCAGAAGCACAAGCCCACCAUUGCGUCCCUCAGCCCUUAUUCCUGCCUCCCGCCUCCUCCUGGGCUCCAGCGACCUCUUGGUUCCCACAGAACUCAUCCUGACUCCACUGCUGACCUGCUCUCGGCACUCAGCCAAGAGGAGCGUGACCUCAUUGAGCCGGUUUUAGCCUUGGGUUAUCCAAUACGCCGGGCAAUCCUCGCUCUCCAGAAGACUGGGAGGCAAAGCCUGGGGCAGUUCCUCAGUUACCUCAGUGCCUGUGACAAACUUCUGAAACAGGGUUAUGAAGAGGCACAGGUGGAAGAAGCCAUGGAAAUGUUCCAGAACUCAGAGAAGAAGGCAUCAGAAUUCCUUCACCUCUUAGUACAGUUCAACGACAUGGGCUUCCAGCAAGCCGACAUCAAAGAAGUCCUCCUGCUGUGCGAGAACCACAGAGACAAGGCCCUAGAGGAGCUCAUGACGCGAACCCAAUGAACACAA